AGUGAUCGGAGAAAGCAUCGUGCAUUGAGUAGCCUGUGCGCUUUCCGCUAGCUGCAGCGCUGUUAUAUGGAGUAAACGUGCUACUCAGAGAAUAUUCGGUGAUAUUUUGAUGAUCGUAUACAAAACUCGGGCACACAGACAGGGGCAUGCGUUUGUAUAGAUAGCCAAAACCUACAGCAUUUCCAGCUGACUGAGCAAACCCUAGUGGAGUCUGUCUGCAGUGGCAAGAUGGAUACCGCUGAGGAAGCAGAUAUUUGUCGGGUUUGUCGGUCAGAGGGGACCCAGGACAAGCCUCUUUACCAUCCUUGUGUCUGCACUGGAAGCAUCAAAUUCAUUCAUCAAGAAUGUCUGCUCCAGUGGUUGAAACACAGCAGAAAAGAAUACUGUGAACUAUGUAAACACCGGUUUGCAUUUACACCAAUCUAUUCUCCAGACAUGCCGUCCCGUUUGCCUGUCCAGGACAUUUUUGCAGGGCUGGUCACAAGUAUUGGGACAGCCAUCAGAUACUGGUUUCACUACACACUGGUAGCCUUUGCUUGGCUUGGAGUGGUGCCUCUUACAGCAUGUCGUAUUUACAAAUGUUUAUUUACUGGCUCCGUGAGCUCUCUCCUUACUCUACCAUUAGAUAUGCUAUCUACACAGAACCUGCUUGCUGAUUGUCUCCAAGGUUGUUUUGUGGUCACGUGUACACUAUGCGCCUUCAUUAGCCUUGUGUGGCUCAGAGAACAAAUAGUGCAUGGUGGGGCCCCUCAGUGGUUGGAACAAAACCCAGUCCCCCUGGUACCAAACCCGCCACAUGGCCCGGCUGCAGCCAAUGAGGAUCCUGGAGGGAAUGGUGCAGAGAACGUUCCUGUUGGUGCUGAUGCUGCAGAAGGCCAGAACCCUGCCAAUCCGGCAGCAGCGGUUGACCAACAUGAAGCAGGUCACCAUGGAGAUGAGGCUGAGCUUGAGGAUGAUGAUGGUGAGGAUGAUGAUGGUGAAGAAGACGAUGAUGAAGACGAGGAGGUCAGGGAGGAGGAGGCCGCAGACGCCAAUAAUGCAGGACAAGAAGAUUUGAACUGGAAUGCAUUGGAAUGGGAUCGUGCUGCUGAGGAACUUACUUGGGAAAGGAUGCUGGGCCUGGAUGGGUCCCUUGUUUUCCUGGAGCAUGUCUUCUGGGUGGUUUCUCUCAACACACUUUUCAUUCUGGUGUUUGCAUUUUGCCCUUACCAUAUUGGCCAUUUCUCAGUGGUGGGAUUAGGGUUUGAAGAAUAUAUCGAAGCAUCACACUUUGAAGGGUUAAUUACCACAAUACUGGGCUACAUCUUACUUGCUGGAGCUUUAAUAGUGUUUCAUGCAUUUGCUUCUUUGGUAAAGUUCCAGCGAUCCAGGCGUCUACUGGGAGUCUGCUAUAUUGUUGUCAAGGUUUCACUCCUUGUUGUGAUGGAAAUUGGCUUGUUCCCUCUGAUCUGUGGUUGGUGGCUUGACAUCUGCUCAUUGGAGAUGUUUGAUGCUACACUCAAAGACAGAGAGCAAAGUUUUGACUCUGCGCCUGGAACCACUCUGUUCCUCCAUUGGUUGGUUGGAAUGGUCUAUGUUUUCUACUUUGCAUCAUUUAUCCUUCUUCUCAGAGAAGUGCUCCGACCCGGUGUGCUGUGGUUCCUGAGAAAUCUGAAUGACCCAGAUUUUAACCCAGUGCAAGAGAUGAUUCACCUUCCCAUUUACAGGCACCUGCGGAGGUUCAUUCUAUCUGUGGUGGUGUUUGGCUCUAUAGUCCUGCUGAUGCUCUGGCUCCCUAUCAGGAUAAUCAAACUACUCUUUCCUACCUUCCUUCCCUACAAUGUCAUGCUGUACAGUGAUGCCCCUGUCAGUGAGCUGUCAUUGGAGCUGCUGCUGCUUCAAGUGGUUCUCCCUGCGUUACUGGAGCAGGGACACACUCGACAGUGGCUCAAACGCCUUGUCCACGCCUGGACCUUUACUGUUGGAUAUGUGCUAGAUCUCCAUUCAUACCUGCUUGGAGAUUUUGAAGAGGAGGAGAACCAGCCCAAUAACAACAAUAACAACAACCCACCUGGUCGUCAUAACAACAACAGGAUACUUGGCUUGGGGGAGGGGCUUCAUGCUGCUCAUCAGGCUAUUUUACAGCAGGGUGGUCCUGUUGGGUUUCAGCCAUACAUCCGACCCAUGAACUUCCCUUUGAAGAUCACGUUGUUGGUUAUCUUUAUGUGUGUGACUUUGUUAAUGGCCAGUCUCAUCUGUCUCACUCUGCCAGUCUCCGCUGGUCGUUGGCUGAUGUCUUUCUGGAUGGGCGGAGCUGUGGUCCAUGAGCUCUACACAGCAGCCAGUGGUCUGUACGUGUGCUGGCUUUCCAUCCGAGCUGCUACCAUGUUGUUGUCCUGGAUGCCUCAGGGACGAACUGUCAUCAUGCUCAAAGUGCAUGAGUGGACCGUCAUGAUUGUGAAGACGAUGGUGGUGGCGGUGCUGUUGGCUGGUGUCAUCCCUUUGCUCCUGGGUCUGCUGUUCGAGCUGGUCAUUGUGGCUCCUCUCCGAGUCCCACUGGACCAGACGCCUCUGUUUUACCCCUGGCAGGACUGGGCUUUGGGUGUGCUCCACGCUAAAAUUAUAGCAGCAAUAACACUAAUGGGCCCGCAAUGGUGGCUCAAAACAGUCAUUGAACAGGUCUAUGCUAAUGGUAUCCGUAACAUUGACCUGCUUUAUAUUGUGAGGAGACUUGCUGCUCCAGUCAUCUGUGUGCUGCUGCUGUCUUUAUGUGUGCCAUAUACAGUCUCUAAAGGAGUCACACCGCUACUGGCCGUGCAGACUGAAAUGCAGACACUGGUGGAGAGGAGAAUCUAUCCAUUUCUGCUAAUGGUCGUCAUACUAUUGGCUAUUCUGUCCUUCCAGAUCCGCCAGUUCAAAAGACUCUACGAGCACAUUAAAAAUGACAAAUACCUGGUUGGACAGCGGUUAGUUAACUAUGAACGUAGGAGCACCAGUGCAUCCUAUAGCACCUCUUAAAAAAACACUCAACAAUGGGAGGAACUGGACUGCUGUAAAUCGUAAUGCAUUUCUGAUCCUUUCUCUUAACUUGCAACUACAACCACAUAAUAAGCUGAGACAGAAGACUGAAACAUGAUUUAUUUUCAGGUCAAACACUUAAAAACACAUUCACUUUUCUGGUUUUAAUUCUCUUAAAAACUUUUAGUUGGCUCUGUGCUUUUACCUCAUAUGGUCCCCCAUUUCCAUUGUGUUGGAGCAGAUUUCAGAUAGCUGUUUCCUAAUGAGCCAGUUUGAGAUGCCUGCUUUGUGGGAAUUUGUCACAUUUGAAUUUGUGGUUCUGCCAAGCAUUUCAAAUGACUUAAUUAAACCAAGACUGUCAGAGAAAAGGAGGGAAUUAUUUUAUGUAGCGACAGGAUUUAUUUUAUUUAAGUUGUUUUUAAUAGAUGUGUUACAUUUCUGCCAUGAGCUGUGAAAUUAUUUAACUUAAGAAAAGUAAAAUGUUACUUGUUGACCUCCAGUGGUCUUUCAUUCACUUAACUGCAAAGAAAACUGAAAUACACCACAAAUACAUCAACAGAUUGUAAAGCUGUGGUCAUGUUUGCUUUCACUUGUGUAAAAAUAUUGAAACACUUCAGCAACCAGUUUGGACGUCCCACUUGUUGUAGACGUGUUGUGUGCACCGUAUGUUCAACAAAAAUACCAUAGCAACUGCCUUUGAUUGGCAUGUUCACCCUAAGCCCCUCCUCCAUUCCCUCUAGCUUUAAACCUGCUUUGUUUUACAAUGCAGAAGUCUGUGCACUGGCUCCCCAUCUCUGUAUGGCCUCUACACUCCAAAAACAACCUUAAAGUGCAAUAAUUAGGUUUUGAGAUGUUUUUUGCUGUACUUGAGGCUGUAAUAUUAGUUAAGUAAUGGAUGUAAAAUUGUGUACAAAUUAAGUUGCAAAAACUUAGCAUGUUGCCCCUGGAUGUCUGUACACAGCUUCACCAAAACAUCUUUGUCAGGUGCCACAAAUUAUAUUGAAUGCCAGGAAAAAACACAACUAACACAUUUUAAAUUUCUCCAAAAUGUUCCAUUACCAUUGCCAUUUGAUGCAAUGAUUGUGCACUUUAUUUCACUGGUAACAAUCAUUUCAGAUCUACUGUAGAUAUCUGUCAAGUUGAAUUUUUAUCAUUUUACUUUGACACAAAUCUGUCAGUAUUAACCUGUGGGGAUUCUGCAAAAAGAAAAAGACAUUUUAGUUUUGACACUGAAUGGAAUGAAAAAGCAGUUUGACAAAUGUGGAUAUAUGCAUUGUAGAUUAUAGUGCAGGCAGCUGUACUAUUGUGUGGAAUGAUCACAUUUUACAUUUCAUGCUAUCGAAGUGUCCUUUUUAGUCUUUUUGUUAAAUUAAGCUGUACACUUCAAAAUCUUGGUCUUGUAUUCCAAUUUAUAGAGGCAAAUAAUUUCUAUUUUUAUAUGUACAGAACGCAGUGGCAUGUACUGUAACACAAAAGUGUGAACUUACAUUGUGUGGGUCUGUUAAAUGGAACAUUAUUAAAUAGUUGUGACUUAAA